AUGACGAAUCAGAGUGGACCUCACACAGUUCUGCAGCAAGGAUUUGCGAAAUUACCUUUGGAGUUGUUUCUCACUGUCCUCGAUCAACUUGUGGGCACCCGCAACGGACAGCAGCAGCCCAUAGCAUACGAGCCAUCAGGCAUCAUCACCAAGACAUUACGCGCGCUCACACUAGUAUCGCGCAGCAAUUACCUCACAGCGACAAGGUAUCUUUACUCACACUGUCUAUACUUGGAUAGCUGCACGACCUACGCUCGUUUCCGUAGAACACUGGGAUUGCAUCUCGGGCAUCAUCCACAAGCUCUUGAUUAUGGAGAAGCUAGGCGUAACGACGAAUUAUUUGCGGAGGCUCAGGUCUUACAAAAUAUCACAUCUCUCUUCGUCUCACCAUCGAAGGUGCAAAGAUCGAUAGAAGGGAACUACACGCCUUUGGUGCGACUGCCACAGAUCAUCGACCUUUGCGAUUUGAUUGGACCUACGCUCAGGAGGCUGGCUUUAGACCUGUCUCCGAUCUAUGCGACACCAACCGAAAUCGAGCAGAUCAGACCGCAUGUCACUGAAAAUAAUGUCUUCAUACACAUGCCGCAUCUGGAAGAACUGAUCAUCAGCUACGACGUGCUCAAUUACUUCCGACAUCCACCACCCAACUUGAAACGGCUAGCUAUCACUGCUCAGGAGCUCACGGAUCUGGAGGUAGCUUUCUGCCUCAAGAUACCGUCACUACGAAUGCUGGUCAUGAUGCGACCUGUCAAUCUGCAAGCCAAGGACAUCGAUAUUAUAUUCACAGCAUACAAUGGCAAAAGCUUGGACACUGUUCUAGUUGAUGUUAACUCAAAUCAUCGGACACCUCAGGGGACGCGGAGCUGGAAAGAAAACGAUACAGUACGUAUUUGGGAACUUGAUGUACCAGUAAGCUUCUACGGCGACGAAGACGAUGUCAUACUGUGCGAUGAUUGGAUAUGGACACAUGGUGUUAAGGGAACCUUGUGGAGUCAAGACAAGCGACGUAUGGCUUCCUGGGAGGAGGUUGAGAGACGUUUGGCUGGGCCAGUACAUACAAUCAUGGAAGUGUAG